AUGGAAUUAUUUGCCGACCACGUGCUCCGUGGCGUCCACCAGCAUGUCAAGAGCCAGGUGGUGCCCCGGCCCGAGCUCCGGGUCCGUCUGAAGGGCGUGCAGCAGAACCUCCGCUGCGCCCGCAUGCAGUGGUGCGCAACCUACGACGUCGAUCUCUCAGUCGACGUGGCCGAUACCUUCUCACUUGAAGAGUCGUGGCUGCAGAAAGAGACCGAGGCGUGCAUCGUCUGCUACGAGGGGAAGACGUUGGGAGAGAUGCCCGUUAAAAUCACGUCGCACUGCACGCACCCACCGAAGACAUGCAGGGACUGCCUGAAACGAUGGAUAGACGUGCGCAUUGAUAAUUAUGGGAUCUUAGAGUACUCGGAGAAGAUCGUCUGUCCAGAUUGCCUGCUGCCGCUCGGAGAGCGGGAUGUCCGGCGCGGAGCUUCCCAGGACGCAUUUGCUCGUUACGACCAGCGGGUGCUUCAACAGGUGCUUCACAAGACCCUCCGGUAUCACAACAACUUCUACUACUGUCUCGUGCCCGGGUGCGAUUCCGGACAGGUACACGACACCAACCGUCCCGAGUUCCGCUGUGUCGCUUGCUCCGCCCGUCAUUGCGUGCGACACAACCUCCCCUGGCACGAGGGCGAGACAUGCGAGGAAUACGACCAGCGAAACCCCCAGCGGGCACGAGACGAGGCGGCGUCCAAGGCGGAGAUCCGGAGUUCGACCAAGCCCUGCCCCGAGUGCUGCAUCAUGGCGUCUGCGGACACGAAUGGUGCUACGGCUGCCGAACCUCUUACGGGCGGCGGCGGCCGUAUCCCGUCGGCGGCCAUCACAGGUUACCGGCAGCAGCAGCAGCAGCAGCCCACGCGCCGGGCUGUCCCGAACGGCCCCGAAGUGUUCGCGUGA